AUGCGUCUCCUGCAAGAAGACGAAGACUUGCGGAACAACGAUGGAGCCGUACACCCCGAGACCUCUGCGGAUCAUUCAUCAGAAACACCUACUCUUCCGGCAGUUCCAUCUCCCGCACACGACUCAGAUCACCCUGCAGAGCUUGCACCAGAUGAUGGGCAGUCUGUCCUUGUCCCAGACGCCCCUCUCCCACUACCUCAAAAUCUGCUGCACUCGUCAUCGGAGGACACGCGUCUCAGCCACUCACUUUCUGGCCACAAUGUACCAGACUCUCACCAUGCUGACCCAUGCAGGGCAGACAACACACACUUGCGCGAGCCUCACGACAAUUGGCGUCCUCACAAUCGCGGUCAAUCAUGGGAGGCUCGUAACGCAAACGACAUCCACGACCUCCCACUCAAUGAUGGCCGUGACCUGCACCCUCGCCGAGACAACUCUCCUGCACUACUUGAUGACCGUCGCCACCCCAACGAUGAUCCACGCAGUGCGUACAUGUACCACGAGGACUUAGACCGACAUGCGUAUACCAGACGACCACAACCAGGAGGAGACUACCCUUAUCACAGGGAGUAUCCGUAUUACGGCGACCGGAGCACAGGCUAUCGUGAUGCCACCGGGUAUGGGCGAUCAUACUAUCGUGAUGCGCGGUACCCAGACUGUGAACUUCUUGAUGACCGCUUGCGUGGACCUCCCCCACUGGAUAUUCGUGGAGAAUACAUGCAUCCCACAAAUCGCGAGGGUCAUGCUGGCUACGAGCGUGCAUAUCAGCGCCAGCCUCCUCGAGGAGAUGGACGCCACAGUACCCGGAGUCCCAUUGCCAAUAUGUCACUCACCUUACCUGGUCAGGUGACAGAGCAAGAACAACGUGAAGGAGCCGCCAUUCGAAGGUAA